CUCUUGGUUAAUAAUAAUAUAACGAACAUAUGUUUUCAUCAACCCAACUAUUUAUUCAAUCAACCAAAUCCAGGACGCCCUGAAAAUGGAGGUAUUUUGAAGCUUUCAAAAACCUCCAACACCAUCGCUUUUGCCUUCCCACUUUCUUCAUUUCCACAACAUUUUAUGCCUCCAAAAAUGGUGCAUCUCAACUCCAAUCAUUAUUGGGCUUUCCUGGAAGAAAUUGAAGCACCCAUGUGGGUUGAUCUCUCCUUAGAAGGGAAGUCCUACAACCAGAACAUUGAUGAUAAAUGGUUCUAUACACACCAUCAGGUCCACCAAAGUUCGUCUCAUGACCUGAAAUUAGUAUUUGCUCAGCUUUAUGAUGAGAAAAAGACUUUGGAUUUUGAAUUAAUAAAAGCGUCUUCUUCUCCAACCCUUCCUGACUCUGUCUCAAGAUCAAGAGGGAAAGACUUUGACGGAAGGAAGUGCAAAGGCAACUGUCGAGGUUUUGCAAUGAAUAAGGAAGUUGUAGUUAUUGGUUCCAGUUCAGAGGGAAAGGAGUCAGUUGACAGCAGAACGAGCAGCACAAUCGUAUCCGGUAUCGGCCACCAACAACAACAUAAGCCAACGGAGGUAACAAGUCAAUCAUUGAGCAGUUCUAGUAAACUUUUGUUAGAUAUGAGGAGAAGUCUUAGGAAAAGCUGUGCCACCAGACAAGCAUCUAGAUUGGAAGUUAAUAACUGUCGAAGACAGUCAAGUGGCCGUAACUCUAGCAUAUCCUCCUCUCUAAAUCCUAGUUUUGGUUCUAAAAACAUCACCAAAACAUCAGAACAUCACUUGAAAAACAGUCAAUGCGUUGGAGGCUUAUCCAGAAUGACUCAAGCAUCAAUGAACAAGUCCAAAGUUUUGAGUGUUUUGUCAAGCACAUUAAAAGUCCAACUGGAGGGUGUGAGUUCUAACUCAAGGAGGGUGGUUGGUAAACUAAAUAAUGCUAAUCCUGAGGCUUCAAAACCAAAGAUACUUCGUCCUAAAGCUUCUCUACUACUGCAAAGAGACAAUCAAAACAGUUGCUUAAAUCUGAAGAAAAAGGAAGGUCUAGAAAGAACAGGAAGAUGCAAAACAGUAGAAGCCGGAAAGGAGAAUGCAGUGGGGAGAAUUGCUGUGAGUCAGAAAUGCAAAGGUAGAGUCAUUCCUUCAACUUUUAGUAUGGUCAAGGAUCAGAAAAAGACACAACAUAACGUACCACUAAGACUUGGCGGACGAAGUGUGUUUAGCUUGAAGCAACAGGCUAAAAUAUGUCAUCCAAGUGAAGGAAAGAUUCUGGAAAAUGGAAGCAAAAGGGUGUACUUCCGUUGAGUGAGCUGAUGGAGUCUGUAAAUAUAUAUUGUGUAACUUCUCUCUACACAUACAAAAGGUAAAUGUAUGUUCUUUGUGCAGAAAUGUUAUACCUUUUUCCUACUUUACCAGACACUAAAAGGAAGAUCAAUAAUAGAGGGAUAUGAACGAAUUUGGCAAAAUGUUAUUCCCUUCUUACUUCUGUUGAUCUCUAGCAUCCUUAAAAAUUGGUAUAGGAUUAACAAUUUAGGACCAACCAAAACCAAAUUACACAUGUAGUGGAUGAUGAGGUUGUUGAUGAUAUCAGAUAAAGGAUCAUACCGAACUAUGAAUUAAACAAGAGAUGCUGAUA